AACAGAAAGCCCCCUCUACCUCUCUUUACGGAAGGCUAAGCACAAAACACAAAGCUAAAGAAUAAUCCUAACAGCUUUAUAUAACAAAACUCACAUUGUUUGAUUACGUCCAUAAGAAGUAAAGCCUUGACAUUCAAGAAACUAAUCAAGUUUCGUUGUGAUUUCAUAUCGUGAUCUGAAUUCGAUCAUCCAACAGCCUAGCACGAGCAUCAAGUUGGUUUUUUAGGAUGGAGAGCUCAACAUCAAAGGCAGAUAUCAUCAUAAAGCCAGUGCUGAAAGCAGCUGUGAUUCCUUUAGCUUUGUCAGUGGCUGGUUUCAUCUGUGCCAAGAUUAUGGCUAACCGAAGCGUUAAUCUGAAAGGGUCGUCAACAGGAACUGAUGAUCAGGUGAGUUACCUCAAGGCCAAUUCUCCGAAGUUUAGAGAUGAGGAUGUUCAUAGUUUCAGCUCUGCAUGUAUGCUUUCAACGGAAUGUUUGGAGAUUCAAGAUAAUAAACACGUAUUGGAAGAAGAGAUUUCGUGCCUAAGACUCCGACUUGAUGAGCUUCAGAAAAGAGAAUCUGAUUUGGAGAUGCAGUUUAUACGCUACUGCAACUUGAAAGAGCAAGAAUCUGUUCUUAUGGAGCUUUCGAAUAUGUUGUUAUUGGAAGUGGCUCGUGUUGAGUUAUUGGAGAGAGAAGCUUCAUCCAUGGAGGCUGAGAGCCAAGGGCUUGAGAAAUUGGUUGGAGAAUGUUUGAGAGCUUCGGAGCAAAUGGAGUAUUGGAAAUCAGAAAAUGGAUUGCUUCAGAGGAAGGUAAAGAAGCUUUUGAGGAAAGCAAGAAGGCAAUAUCGUGUAAUACGCGAACAAGACUCGAAACUUGAAGCUAGGGAAGCAGAAGCUUUGGGAAUCCAUGAUGCACAAGAAACAAGGGCAAAGGUUAUCAAGAAAUUGGAGUAUGAAACUGGGGAAUUGAGAGCGGUUUUGGAGCGAGUGCAAGAUGAGAAAAAGGGGCUCUUGGCAAGGCUUGCGUUGGCAGAAAAAUCGGCGGCUUCAAUCUCCAAGACUGAAGGAGAAGGGGUUAAAAUCGAGGACUAUACAGGCCUCGAAAAGGAGUUGGAGAAUCUGAAAAAGGAUCGUGCAGCUGAAAUUAAGGAACUGAUUUACUUGAGGUGGAGCAAUGCUUGCUUAAGGCAGGAGUUGAUGAGAAAUCAAGCGCAACUAGAGCAGCAGGCUCAAGAGAAGGAUAAUAAUCUGGAAAUAAAUUUGGAAGGAAGAGCAGAAAUUGGAAAUUGUGAGCAGUGCUUUGGAAAUAUGAGCAGCGAUCAAGAGCAUCCGAAAAGAAAAAAGUUAUUCCGAAGGCUUAAGAGAUGGGUGGAAGGGAAUGAGAAGGGACGAGGAAGAUUGGAUGAGAAAGAAAGGCAUGGACAAGUUAAGUGUUUUGGAAGACAUUCUGUUUCGGAUUAUGCAGAGGAGCAUCAGGUUGCAAGGAAGUCUUGCUUUAGUGCAUCAACACAUAAUAUUCGACUUUGAAUUAACAUAUAACAUGUCUCAGGGAGGGCCAAAUUCUCCUUUAACUGAAAUCAGUAACCUGUAAAUUGUACUGAUAUCUACCUUCAUAUGAAAUCUUUGUAAAAGAUGCUUUAAUUACAAAUCUCAAUAACAAAAGCGUUCAAGUGAA